AAAAAAAAUGAACUGUCAAAUAUCUGUUGUCAACAAAAAGUAUAUGAAGAAGGAAUUUAAGUUCCUGAAUAUAAUAAACUAAAUAGUUUUUGCUUGUCUUCAAAAUUACAACCAUUGAGUCGAAUGUCGCCAGCGUGUCAGCAACAACUAGAGCUAUUAGAUUUAUGAUGGAAGGUGUAGGAGCCCGUGUAAUACGAGGUCCAGAUUGGAAGUGGGGCAAGCAGGAUGGAGGAGAUGGCCAUGUGGGUACUGUUAGAAAUUUCGAAUCCCCAGAAGAAGUAGUUGUAGUAUGGGAUAAUGGCACUGCAGCAAAUUAUAGAUGUUCUGGAGCUUAUGACUUACGCAUUUUAGACAGUGCACCCACUGGAGUAAAACAUGAAGGCACUAUGUGUGAUACUUGCAGACAGCAGCCUAUAUUUGGUAUUCGUUGGAAAUGUGCUGAAUGUAGCAAUUACGAUCUAUGCUCUGUAUGCUAUCAUGGUGACAAGCAUCACUUGCGUCACAGAUUCUACCGCAUUAGUGCACCUGGAGCCCAGCGCUGUCUUGUUGAACCUCGGCGUAAAAGUAAAAAGAAUGCUGUCCGAGGCAUAUUUCCUGGUGCAAGAGUUGUUAGAGGUGUUGAUUGGCAAUGGGAGGAUCAAGAUGGUGGAAAUGGAAGACGUGGUAAAGUGAAUGAAAUACAAGACUGGUCGGCCGCCAGUCCGCGCUCCGCUGCAUAUGUGGUGUGGGAUAAUGGAGCUAAGAAUUUAUACAGAGUUGGUUUCGAGGGAAUGGCAGAUCUGAAGGUUGUAAAUGAUGUAAAAGGUCAGAAUGUUUAUAAGGAACAUUUGCCCCUAUUGGGAGAACUUGGCCCGGGACGUACAGGGCCUCACGGCUUGCAAGUUGGAGAUCAGGUGAAUGUAGACUUGGACCUGGAGAUAGUGCAGUCGCUGCAGCACGGCCACGGCGGCUGGACGGACGGCAUGUUCGAAUGUCUCAGCACCACCGGCACGGUCAGCGGCAUCGACGAGGACCACGAUAUAGUGGUCUCCUAUCCCAGUGGGAACCGGUGGACUUUUAACCCCGCUGUCUUAACUAAGGUGUGCAGCGGCAACUUGAGCGCGUCGACGUCAGAGCGCGUGAAGGCGCUGCAGCGCGGACACGGCGAGUGGGCAGAGGCUAUGGCGCCGACGCUAGGAAAGAUAGGCCGCGUCCAACAGAUCUACCACGACAACGAUCUCAAAGUGGAGGUGUGCAACACUUCCUGGACGUACAAUCCCAACGCUGUUACAAAGGUCUUCUCCUCCGACGGCAGCGUCCAUGGAAAUUCUUCGGGCGAUCGUCUGUCAGUGCUGUUAAAGAAACUGUUCGAGACGCACCUGACGGGGGACGCCAACGAGGAGCUGGUGAAGGCGGCGGCCAACGGCGACGCGGCGCGCUGCGCCGACAUCCUGGCGCGCGGCGAGGGCGUGCGCGCCGACGUCAACGGCGUCUACGGCGGACACACCGCGCUGCAGGCGGCAGCACAAAACGGUCACGUGGAAGUGAUCCGCGCUCUAGUAGAGGCGGGGGCGGAGGCGGACGCGGAGGACCGCGACGGGGACCGCGCGGCGCACCACGCGGCGUUCGGCGACGAGCCGGCGGCGCUGCGGGCGCUGGCCGCCGCGGGCGCGGACCUGAACGCGCGCAACCGCCGCCGCCAGACGCCGCUGCAUAUCGCCGUCAACAAGGGGCACCUCGGCGUCGUGCGCACCCUGCUGCAGCUCGCCGUGCAUCCCAGCCUCCAGGAUUCGGAAGGCGACACACCACUCCACGAUGCUAUAUCGAAAAAGCGGGACGACAUAUUGACUUUGCUGUUGGACCACGGAGCCGAUAUGACGCGAACAAAUAACAAUGGAUUUAAUGCACUUCACCACGCCGCGCUACGAGGCAACCCGAGCGCUAUGAAAAUAAUGCUUGGUAAGUUGCCUCGUCCGUGGAUUGUGGACGAUGCGAAGGACGAUGGGUACACGGCGCUACACCUAGCCGCACUCAACAAUCACGCCGAGGUGGCGGAACUGCUCGUUCGCGGUGGUGCGCGGCCUGACCUGCAGAACGCCAACCUGCAGACAGCUCUGCAUCUCGCCGUCGAACGACAACACGCGCAGAUCGUGCGUCUGCUCAUCGCGCACGCUGCGGACCUCAACAUAUGCGACAAGGACGGCGACACGGCGCUGCACGAGGCGCUGCGUCACCACACGCUACAGCAGCUGCGGCGGCUGCAGGAGGCGCGCGACGCCGCCGCGCUGGGCGCCCUCGCACACGCCCACGAUAAGAAGUCCUCCGCCUCCAUCGCCUGCCUGCUGGCCGCGAACGGCGCAGACCUCACUCUCAAGAACAAGAAAGGGCAAACUCCACUAGAUUUGUGCCCCGAUCCUAAUCUGCGCAAGACGUUGACGACAUGUCGCAAGGAAGGCUCCGGGGUGACGAGCGACGAGACGCCGGACAGCGAAAGCGGCGCACUGGCGGCGGGGCCCCCGGCUGACGUGCAGAAAUUGCAGCAGCAACUACAAGACAUCAAAGAACAGACGAUGUGCCCCAUCUGCCUGGACCGGCUGAAGAACAUGAUCUUCCUGUGCGGGCACGGCAUGUGCCAGAUGUGCGGCGACCGCAUCGCCGUCUGCCCCAUCUGCCGCAAGCACGUCGAGAAGCGCAUCCUGCUCUACUAGCGCGCUGCCACUCGCACAACACUACUUACCACAAAACUUACUUGACCAAUGCCUUUACUGUACAUGGAUUUAUCCCUCAAAAUUCAUUCUAAGGUACUCUCUUAGUGAUCACUACGCAUUAUGUUCCAUUUAUACUUACAAUUAUGGUAUGGAACUGUUUAAUUUUAUUAAAACAAAUUUAAAUUAUGUUAGUGGAAAUAUUUUUUACUCUUCAUAUUAUUGAGAUAAAUGCGCUGAAGGUUACUGCAGUGUAAUAAUGAUAACUGAAUCUGCAUUAAUUUUAUCGUUAUAGAAAUUUGCGCCCACAAACACAAAAACAUACAACUUUCUAACAAUCACUGUUUUAGUUCUAUGGUUACGUAAAGGGGUUCUAAUAUAAUACAACGACGGAGACAUAAAGCGGUUGGUUUUUUAA